CAUAACCUUCGCCACGAUUGUUGUAAUGAAACGCCCCCAACUCGGGAAGUCGGGGUUUAAAGAAAACCUCGAGUUUCCCAUCAGUAAAUACGGACUUUGCACUGGCGUUCAUGUGCUCUCAUCUAGUAAUUACGACUUUCCCGACCUGAGUAGAAGCUAAAGUUACAAACGACUUAUCCACCCCCGGCUGCCAGACUCACACUCCGGAAGACCCGCGCUGGGCCCCGUCGCUGACUUGGCACCUUCCGCUUGAUCGAAGAGUUAUUGUGGAAAACUAAUAAUUAUUACUUAUCACUUACAAUAUGCGUUCCAAAUGUUUAAAUAUAACUUUGGAUUUAAUGCCGUGUGGGUAUAAUAUAAAAGUCUCUUUAUGGGUGGUGUUAACGACUAUUUAUUUCCUUGUAGCGAGGUUACGCCGAUUGGAUGAGCGCGAGCGCUCCUCGGCAUAUUAAAACGCGACCGCCCUCUGAACGCUUCUCAGCUCCUGUUUUAUUUCAUACCGUAUCCCCUGUGAGAGCCAUAGUAAUCUAUGAUAAAGACGUUAAAAAUUAGAAUUUAAAAUGCGACUUUUCUAUUAUGUUAAAGUUUUCAACGCAUUCAACGGCGGAUCUUUCAGCACGAAGCGUCCAUUUGCAACCUGAUACGAUGGAGGGCCGGCUACUGCUCGGGGCUCCGGUGUUGUGCCGGUUUCACCUUUGCCUCUCCUGACGGUGCCUGGAUGGGACAGACUGGGAAAUGAGCGGACGUGUCUGGGCCAUUUGUUUUGUAAUGGGAAGCUAUUUAAAUUUGUUCCCAUAGCAGUUUACCGCAGAAAGUAAUAUAGAAGAAACUACUGUGACUUCCGCGUCGUUAGUCAUUCGGGAAAGUUUCGUGUAAUACAGAGAUGUCUGCGAGUAACCAGUCCCUGAGAGAUUUGCCCACAGACAACUGGAUGUCUCACCUGCCAGCCAUACUUCACAACAUGCCUCUCUAUAACCUGGCCAUCCCAGGAAGUCAUGACACCAUUACUUACUGCUUGGAUAAGAACAGUCCGAUGGACCUCACACAACCAGAUUUGCUGCAGAAGCUGGAUAAGUACAUGAAACCACUGGUCCGUCCUUUUUUAUACAAAUGGGCUGUAACACAGGAGUCCAGUGUAACACAGCAGUUGGAUGGUGGAGUUCGAUACUGUGACCUGCGAAUUGCCCAUCGGCCCAAUGACUGCUCCAGUGACUUGUGCUUUUAUCAUGGCGUCUAUACGACAGUGACCGUGGAAUCUGUUCUGAAGGAGAUUAGAGAGUGGUUGGAUGUCCAUCCAAGAGAGGUGGUAAUCUUGUCCUUCAGUCACUUCCAGGGAUUAAACCAAGAACUUCACAAUGUCCUCAUUGAAACCAUAAAGGAUGUCUUCAGCACAAAGUUAUGUCCUAAGAAGGAGACGGUAACCCUGAAGAACCUGUGGAGCAAAGAGUAUCAGGUGAUAGUCUCAUAUGAUCACAUGGCUAUGAGUCACCAUGGCGAGCUGUGGGCGCACAUCCCAUACUGGUGGGCAAAUAAGUGCAAAGCAGAGGCGUUGAUCCAGGAGUUUGAGCGAAGGAAGCAGCACGGUCGCCCAGCGGGCUUCUUUGUUGCUGGUAUUAACCUGACAGAAGAUUUGAAGUACAUCUGUCUCCACCCUUUGGAGUCCUUAAAGGACCUGGUGAUGACCACCUACCCAGCACUACUGACUUGGGUCAUGGCACAAAGCCCUGGAUCCAACAGUGAGUGCAUCAACAUAAUUGCGGGGGAUUUCGUGACUGACAGCCAUUUGGUGUCAUCUGUGAUCGCCCUAAAUGAGAGCCUACUGAACUGCACAUAGUGCUGAUGGUAUUUGUAGAACUUUUCCUGUAACAUUAUAGGUCAUAUGCACACUGAUGUCAUUUUAUAGUUUUACAAGAUACAGCUACAAACUUUAUAAAGUAUUUCACUGUAGAAUGCACAGACCUUAAAUUGUCAGUACCUGUGGCGCUUGAAGAUAAAUACUGUAUUUUUUUCUUUCACUUUUUAAGAAUUAAUUUAGGAAUUAAAUUGAACUCAUGAGUUCACCAUGUAAACAAUUCACAAAUCUUCAGUGUUUUUAUCAUUCUGUGCCGUGACAGUGAUAGAUGACAGGCAAAAUACAGAAGCUGUAAGGAAACGUAAUGAAGCUGUUUGCAUUGUUUACAAUAUUGUACUGUAGAUAUUUAAAUUACAUUAAUGCUGUAUAUACAUGUAGCAUGUUUCUCGUCCUGUACACGCUGGAGAGACUCUGUCUCUCGGCUGGCCUGGGAACGCCUCGGAAUUCCCCCAGAGGAGCUGGAUGAAGUGGCCGGGGAGAGGGAAGUCUGGGUUUCCCUGCUUAGACUGCUGCCCCCUCAACCCGACCCGGAAAAGCAGUAGAUAAUGGAUGGAUGUUUCUUGUCCUGUUCAUUAAUGGAACCUGAGGUAUCCAGAGGAAAUCUAUACAGUACACAAAGCAGGAUUGGGACUAAAACCACCCGCCCUAGUGAUGCUGGUGUCUGUGCUGCCUAUGUGGAACCAACGUGCCACCCACAAAGGGCUAAAUAUCUGGUAGUGCUUACAUAAGAUUGUGCCCUAUUUAGGUUCUAAAUGUAUGUAAACUGGAUUUACAUGUUUAUUAUAUUUAUUUAGCAGCUACUUUUAUCCAACAUGCAUUGUUCAUGUGGCCAGUGCCUGGAGAAAUGAAGGAUCUUGUUCAAGGGCCGAAUGGUGGCGUCACUCUGCUGACCCUGCAGUCUGAAACGGCAGCCUUCCAAUUUUGGGCACAGAAACAAUUUUUCUGUCACUUUUAAUGUUUCUGUUUACUUUUAAUUUUUCUAUUACAUAAAAUUUUAUAAGAAAUAAAAAAAUAGAUUUUGGCAGAACGAAGCGCACACCUCGAUCAUAACCUGUGCCAGUAUCCUGCAUUGUUCUCUGGAAUGUGGGCAUGUUUAAGACCUAGGUACAGCUGAACUUGAAUCGGCAGAAUGUUACUGCUGAAUAAAUAAUGUGGAAUCUGUUCGUCUUGGGUGGGAUUCUUUACUUAAAUCAUAAAUAUUUUUAAUUGCAUUUAUUUAUAAUAACUGACGUUUGAUGUCUCAUGUAUAUGUACAGUCUUUUGACAGUUUGACAAUCUAAAUUUUCUUUUGAAUAUGUCCUGAUCUUGUCUUUUGAGUAUCUUUCUAACGGAGUUUAUUACUAUGAAAGGAACACGGUGGAGUGGGUGGGGAUACAGCAGUGACUUCUCAACAUUGCACCCGAUCCUCCUCCCAGACCUCGCUUUGUGGUUGUAUGGUUGACAGAAUCGCAGUGAGAAGGCCACAAUGCUGCGUCUGCCGUCCGGUCCUAAGUGUUCUAAUGCUGCAGAAGAACCCUGUCCAGUCAGCUUUUGCAGUGCCUUUUCCCAUGUAGUUGCCUCAAAGAGGUCUUCCCAUCAAACUGAUUCUGAGAUCUUGAUGUGAUGCCUUUAGCAGCACAGUAUCCUUUUUCAGUGCCGCUCCUGACACAUAGUUGAAGCAGAGGAGAUUCACUGCCAUUUCACUGGAGCAUGUAGUGUAUAUGAAACCUGUCCUUUGAAAUGUAUGGAAGUCUACUGACAACAUUCUGUAAUCAUCAGGCCGUGUAUUCAUGGUAGAACUGAGGAAUGUGAGCUGUCAACUAUAAGGUAGCUUCAAGCAGGCUCGGUGGUUCUGCAUUUUACACAGCUCAGUCCUCAGGCACACUUAAAGUGCGUUCAGGCAUCAUUCAGCUUGGGGGCCUACAGGUGUUAAAUCUUGUCUGAUGAAUUUACAAAGACUAGCAGUACAGUAGGUGUCAGUGUAAUGGAUUACACCCAGUGAAACAAAGGUUCAUAAAUGAGGUUGUAGUGAUGAGCUGUCUGUCUAUAUCUAAUGCACAGCAUUUGAUACAACACUCUUUAAAAUGUGUUGGAUGGGUGGAGGAAAUGGGAGAAAGACAGUUUGGGGUUUAAAUUUAUAAUCUGUAGAAAAUGCUGGAAAGAAUGAUUCACAAAUUUUAACAAUCCAUUUCGUAAUUAUAGUGUCCAUUGUUUUUUUCUAAAAGGCUAUUUGUUGUAUUUUUCCUUUAGUCCUCAACUCUAAAUCAUUAAAUUCUGUUUAAGUGUCUGAAUGGAAGCAUAUUAUUCCUGCAUGUUUGUGGGGUUUAUCCAACAAAAACAAACAAGAUGUUUAGGUCAAUUGGUGUCUAUGAAUUGCAAGUAGUAUAAUGACAAAUGUUUUGAUGGCUGAAUGGAUGUGAUGUUUGCUGUGUACAUACUAGUUAAAAAUAUAUAUAAAUAUCCAUCAAUUUUCCAACCAUUUAUCCAAGAAAAGAUUCUCUCUCUAUAUAUAUAUAUAUAUAUCUUGGUUAAUCUUAUAAAAUCAUACUCUGACUAAUGAAUGGAAGAAAGGUUCAAGGUUUAUUUUUUUAAUAAAAAAAUAUUGUGUUGA